UGGAUCUCAGGCUUCCGGCAGACUGGAAGAACCGGCUCAGAACCGCUUGCCUCCCCGGGGCAGCAGAAACGCUGCCCGACGCGGACUUCGUUCGGGGCAUCCCAGAAUGCAGAAGAGCGAGCCCUUGGGGAGCGCGCAGUCCCACUAUUCGCGCCUGCGCGCGCGCGCGCGCACGCCGCGACCCGCGGGGAGCCGGCCUGGUGGAGGCGGGGCCUAGUGGGGCGGGAUCUUUGAUGCACAAAUAGGCUGCGGGGCGGAACCUGGUGGGGGCGGAGCCUUUGCUGCACAAGUCGGAAGCGGCGUCUAGCGGUCGCUAUUUUCGCGCCAAAUUUGAGGGGAGCCCUAGCGUGCAGGCUGUCUAGGAGCUGAUUGCCGCUUGUCAUGGUUCGAACGCUGAACUGCAUCGUCGCCGUGUCCCAGAAUAUGGGCAUCGGCAAGGAACGGAGGACUUGCCUUGGGCCUCUGCUCAGGAACGAAUUCAAGUACUUCCAAAGAAUGACCACAACCUCCUCAGUGGAAGGUAAACAGAACCUUGUGAUUAUGGGCCGGAAAACCUGGUUCUCCAUUCCUGAGAAGAAUCGACCUUUAAAAGACAGAAUCAAUAUAGUUCUCAGCAGAGAGCUCAAGGAACCACCACAAGGCGCUCAUUUUCUUGCCAAAAGUCUGGAUGAUGCCCUAAAACUUAUUGAACAACCAGAGUUGGCAAAUAUAGAUAUGGUUUGGAUAGUUGGAGGCAGUUUCCGUUUACCAAGUGAUGCCUUCUGUUUUGUUUCAAAGGAAGCCAUGGAUCAGCCAGGCCAUCUCAGACUCUUCAUAACAAGGAUCAUGCAGGAAUUUGAAAGUGAUACGUUCUUCCCGGAAAUUGAUUUGGGGAAAUAUAAACUUCUCCCAGAAUACCCAGGGGUCCUUUCUGAUGUCCAGGAGGAAAAAGGCAUCAAGUAUAAAUUUGAAGUCUAUGAAAAGAAAGGCUAACAGAAAGAUGCUUGCUGGUUGACUUCAAGUUCUACUGCUUUCUUCCUAAAAUUAGCAUUUUUACGAGACCGUGAGACUUGUGUUGGUUUUAGAUCUAUGAGUAAUUCUUUCUUUAGGGAGGGGUAAUUGGGAGGAAGUGUUUGUUUUGCUGUGUUGGAGAUGGAAUCUAGGGCCCUGAAUGCUGGACACAUGUUGUUCUGCUAAGCCAUGCCCCAGCCCCUGUAUAAUUCUAAACAAUGUUUUCAUUUCCGUUAAUCUAACCAUGUUAUAUUAAAUAUAUUUUAAGAAGCA